UAUUAUAUUUCUUAAACCUCCGAGUGUCCAGGAAUGAAUUGAAACUGCAAAUAACGCUCUUUUAUCGCUCUUGUCUUGUUAAAUUGCAGCAGUUUGGCAGCUUUAGCUUUAGCAGUUAGCCGCAGUCAGGAUGAUUUUCACUACAGACACGGAUAUUAACGUUAUACAAAAUAUCUUAUGCAUGUUUUAAUCAUAAGUAUGUAUGUGUAUAUGUGUGUAGGCUUCAUGUUAACUUGUAAUAGAUGUUAUGCAGAAAGAAGUGUUGCACUAUUAAUUUAGAGUUGGAAGCCAUGACGAGAUACACCAGCCCGGUGAACCCGGCUGUGUUCCCCCACCUCACCGUAGUGCUGCUGGCCAUCGGCAUGUUCUUCACAGCCUGGUUCUUCGUAUAUGAAGUGACGUCCACGAAGUACACGAGAGACGUGUACAAAGAGCUGCUGAUUUCUCUGGUGGCGUCGCUCUUCAUGGGCUUCGGCGUUCUGUUCCUCUUACUGUGGGUCGGCAUUUAUGUCUGAAAGUUGUGGAAAUGACAUGUACAGGAAAACAUUCCAGGUUGAUCAGAACGUUUUUUUCCGGGACUUCAAGCUGAAUUUUGGAUGGAGUUUGCACUGGCAUGAUGGACGGGAUUGUGGGUUAAUAUUUCGCAAAUAAAAUUUUUUGUUAGAAAAUAAAAAA